AUGAAUACACGCCAACUGGGCACACUUUCCAACAACACCAUCCAGAAUCCGAAAAAUGAUGGGCAUUGUAUGGCAAUUACUACUCGUGGAGAAAAGCAAACUAUUGAUCCCCCCAUGCCAUCUGAUAUGGAAAAAAUGGUAGAAAUAGAGGAUGAUGAGAUUGAGGUUAUUGGAGAGUCUAAAAAUGCUACAAAAAAGGAAGCAGAGGUAACCCAAAAGGUUGUUCCCAUGCCUAGACCUCUACCUCCAUUCCCACAGAGGUUAGUGCAAAAGACCGAAGAAGGAAAAUAUCACAGGUUUAUAACUAUGUUGAAACAACUUUCCAUCAAUGUCCCGUUGAUAGAAGCUUUAGAGCAAAUGCAUGGGUAUGCAAAGAUCAUGAAGGACUUGGUGACCAAAAAGAGGGUUGUCAGUUGUGAGAAUAAUGAGAGGUUGCAGCAUUGUAGUACCAUUUCUACGAGAUCAUUGGUGCAAAAGAAAGAGGAUCCUGGAGCAUUCAUUAUUAUGUGCACCAUCGGUAAGAUUCACUUUUCAAAGGCCUUAUGUGAUUUAGGAGCCAGCAUUAAUCUGAUUCCAUUGUCUAUCUACAAGAAGUUGGGUUUAGGGGCUCCAAAUUCAACUGCGAUACGGCUACUCAUUGCCGAUAGAACUGUGAAGAAGCCCAUUGGUGUUCUCCAAGAUGUCCUUGUAAAGGUGGGGUCAUUCAUCUUACAGGUGGACUUUGUGAUACUAGAUUGUGAAGUUGACUUUGAGGUUCCCAUAAACUUAGGGAGACCAUUCCUUGCUACUGGGCGUGCCUUAGUUUAUAUGGAGAAAGGGCAGAUGAAGUUCUGA